AUGUCCACUGUUGGCGCUCAGCAUCUUCUGAUCAAGCACCAGGGUUCCAGGCGCCCUGCAAGUUGGAAGGAUGAGUCGGGAGCAGAGAUCAAGAAGAGAACGAAGGAGCAAGCUCGUGAGAUCCUUCUCCAGCACAAACAAGCUAUCAUGAACUCUCCCAACCCCGCACAGAAGUUUGGUGAGCUGGCAUCCAUUCACAGCGAUUGUUCCUCCGCCAAGAACAAUGGCAGCCUCGGGGUGUUCGGACGGGGAGAGAUGCAGAAGGCCUUUGAAGACGCUGCCUUUGCCCUCAAAGUCGGGGAGAUCUCUGAUGUCGUCGAUUCUGAUUCCGGCCUCCACAUUAUCUACCGCUUCUCGUGAGUUCGUUCAGGGCAAGUUGUCGCUGUGCUCCUCAGGGUCGAGCAACCCUUACAACGAGCUGUUGCAAUGUUUAGAAGUUUAAUUUCAUACUUUGUAACUUCAAAAGAAUGCCGUGCGUGUG